AUGUUUAUACUGGUUGUUAUCUCAAAAACUGAAGCCAAGCAGAAUACUAAACAGAUUUUGUUACAGGAAUUGUACAACAGCAUUGCUUUGUCCAACAGAACCAAUAUCCCGCCAUUCACUGAUGGUGGGAAAGUCAUUGACGUGACUCUAAGUGUGGGAAAGCCAUCCAUUCUUCAACUGGACAACUCGAAACAAAUUCUGGUUUCAGCCCUUAUGUUAAGUCUUUGGUGGUUUGACACUCGAAUGGUGUGGAAUCCAUCCCAGUUCGGCAAUCAUACCCUGAUCGAGUUUGACGAUUCAGAACUGUGGACACCGCUGGUGAUGAUCGAAAACGCUGCUGCUGAUGGAAUUGAUGUGCUGAAAUCUUCUCUCAAGAUUGUUGUUAGAGGCAAGGAUGCCAAGAAAAGGAUGGUGAUGACAAUAAUGAUGUCAACAAAACUUGUCAUGGAGGAUCAAAGCAGAGAAACUGCUUAA